UAAUUUGUAUCAAACAGAAAAACGCUAACGAAAACUUUCUUUGUGCUCGGAAGCAUGACGAAAGAAGAUCGUUUCUUUCAUAAUGCAGGUUCAUUGAUAAAAUAGGUUUUAUUGCGCAAGUUUUUUCUGUGACAAACAUCGAGAUCGAGAGUGUGUGUGUGUGUUUUUUUUAUUUAUCAGAUUAACUUAACUUCCUUAACUUUCUGGGGGAUGUGACACUUGCACUCGCUGACGUGAGUGACCGAAUGAUGAAGUAGGUUGAGCAAAUUGCACGGAGAAAAUGGCCGUGACUUCCAAAUUGAUCUCUUCAAUUAAAAUGAUGCAAAACUUUCGUGGGUUUACAUCACACUCGGGAAUUACAUUGCAUGUUUUUUUUCUGUAUAUAAACACGGAGGAAUUGGUAACGUGUUCACUCGUUCUCUUGCAUAUAAGUGAUUAUUACACGUAUUUACAUUACGAACGUUAGAGCAAGAAAAACCUUAACGUGGAACUGAUUUUUUCAAUUUUCUUAGAAGUGUGUUUCUCUCUUUUUCUCUCUCUGACAUAGUGAUAUUUCUCUACAAUUCGAAUACUCACACACACGUGUACGAGUAGAAUUUUAAGGCAAGAGGGGAGUUCUCUUCCGGGCAUAUAUAUGGACUAAAGACUCGAUCCGAUCACGUAGUUUUACUGUGUCAGCUAUCCUUGUACCUUAUUUCGUUGAUGAGAAUAUAUUUGAGAAUUUAGCGGACGCUUUGUUGUAGAAUGGAGAACACAGCGGAGUUGUUGCCGAAGCUUAUCCACGGCGGAAAUUACAUAAAAGAGGGCAGAGAUUCAACCAAAAGCACCUGCUUAAUUUUCUCUCCCAAAGAGGAGGACGAGAUCGGAUCAUUGGGAAGAUAUCUUCAACUUUUCGCUAAACACAAAGUGAAUUUGUUGCACAUCGAAUCCAGAAGUUCUCUUCGACGACCGAACAGCUAUGAAUUCAUGGUCGAAUGCGCGCCAAGUGGCAACAUUGCUUCCGCAAUUGAAUCAUUGCGAGAAGAAUGCAACUACUUUUCGAUCAUUUCCAGGAAUCACAAGAAUAACAUGAACACAGUGCCGUGGUUUCCGAGACGAAUACGUGACCUCGACAAGUUUGCCAAUCAAAUUCUAUCUUACGGUUCUGAGCUCGAUAGCGAUCAUCCUGGUUUCACAGAUUCUGUUUACAGAGAAAGAAGGAAAUAUUUUGCCGACAUUGCUUACUAUUACAAACACGGGCAACCAAUUCCGCGAGUGGACUACACGCCCGAGGAAAUAGCCACUUGGGGCAUAGUGUUUCGUAACUUGACUAAACUUUAUCCGAAAUACGCUUGCCGGGAGCACAAUCACGUUUUCCCGUUGCUCAUUGAAAACUGUGGCUAUCGAGAAGACAACAUACCUCAACUCGAAGACAUAUCCAAUUUCCUUAAAGAUUCUACUGGUUUUACGCUCCGUCCGGUAGCAGGGUUGUUAUCUUCGCGUGACUUUCUGGCUGGAUUAGCUUUCAGAGUGUUUCACAGCACGCAGUACAUACGACACAGCAGUAAGCCACUUUACACACCGGAGCCGGACGUGUGUCACGAGAUUCUGGGCCACGUGCCGCUUCUCGCCGACCCGUCGUUUGCGCAAUUCUCUCAAGUUAUCGGCCUGGCAUCUCUUGGCGCUCCGGACGAUUACAUAGAAAAGCUGGCAACGUGCUACUGGUUCACGGUAGAAUACGGUUUAUGUCGGCAAAAUGGUGAGUUGAAGGCGUACGGUGCCGGUUUGCUUUCGUCCUUUGGCGAAUUGGAAUACUGUUUGAGCGACAAACCGGAACUUCGGCCGUUUGAUCCACAAAAAACUGCCUUGCAAACAUAUCCGAUAACGGAGUAUCAACCGGUGUAUUACGUUGCCGAGGACUUCGCGGACGCGCAAGAGAAAAUGACGAAAUUCGCCCAAACCAUACCGAGAAAAUUCGGCGUCAGAUACGAUCCUUACACGCAAAGCAUCAGCAUCAUCGAUAGCAAACAACAAGUGGAGGCUCUUGUUGAUAUUGUGAAUCAAGAGGUGCGGAUUUUAACGGACGCUCUGAGAAAAUUGCAGCAUUAAAAUUAUAUAUGUAAUUUUAUAUAUAUAUAUAUAUAUAUAUAUAUCUUUUUAUAUGUUCCCCAUGU